UCGCAAGUUGCAUUGGCGUGCAAUGAGCGCAGACAGACACCGUGAACGGUGAGACGCAAUAGCUGGAUUUCGAGCCUUGAAGGUAGGAAGGAGCCAUGAUAUGCCCACUGGCCACUGGGAUGAUUGUCUUUCCUUAUCGGUAGAAAUGUCCGGUGUGGGUGCGGUUGUAACGCUGUUGUGAGCUUAUAAUGAAACCCCUUUCGCGCUCGUGGAGUUUGAGCACACGGUUGUUGUCAAGUGUCCGUUGCGAGAAACGACAAGUGAUGAAGUGUGUGAGAGACAUGAUUCUAUCAAGUAGGAUCAUGAGGUCGCUCCAUUGUAGUGUGCAGCAGUGAGCUUCUUACAUUAUCUGCUUUUGCUAGAAUUGGGCUGUAGAUAGUCGAGGGAGUUGGGCGUAGCGCAGCAAGUGCUCACUUGCGGAUUCGUCUGGUCCUUGCUCCUAAAAGCAGAGUGGCAUAGAAGAGGUCAAAAAAUAAUGACGAUUAGUCCGGGUUGAAUGAUUGCGGUUGUGUUUCUUCAGGCUUGCCGAUGAAAAAUUGUCCGUCUUCGGGCCGAGUAUCGGGACUCCUGAGUAUUGUUGUCACUUUUCGGGCGUACUCUAGGCUAGCGUAGAAUCUGCACAAUGGGCACGAAAGAUACUAUGGGAUGUUACUGUUUAGCACCCCACGCGGUGUCUCCCUUUAGCGAUUGCCGUGCGCCAGACUUAGUCCAGGAAGAAUUUAAAAAGGCCACGGGGGGGAAUGCCUUGAUGGAUAGCCAUGCUUUGGCAAUUUUUUUGAGGGAGAAUCAGGGCGAAGAAGGCGUGACGGAUGAGGAAGCUAAUAUACAGAUACGAAGCUUUCUGGCCGUGAGGGCGCACAGCGGCCGACACAAAUUUCCGGGAAUGAGCCAAAGACACUCUAAACGUGAACUUUCGGGCAGGCAACAACCUGCUACUCUCGACAUAUCCGCGUUUGUGAAGUUUCUCCUUAAUCCUGAGUCUAACGGGCACCAAAAAUUUUUCAAUAAGGGCCUGAAAAAACAGCCAACGGAUGACAUGACAGCACCGUUAUCUCAUUACUACAUCUUCGCUAGUCACAAUACGUAUUUGACGGGCAACCAGCUGGUGUCGAAGUGCAGCACUCGGCCCAUUGUUAAAGCACUUCUCAACGGAUGUCGAGUCAUCGAGCUUGAUUGUCAUGAUGGCAAGGAUGGCAAAAUCAAAGUUCUUCAUGGCGGAACCUUGACAAAGCCAGUUGACUUUGAGGACUGCAUUAAGGAAAUAAAAAAACAUGCCUUUACAGCGUCGGACUAUCCCGUUAUUCUCACUAUCGAAAGUCACUUGGAUCAAGAGCACCAGAAGCGAGCAGCUAUGUUGUUGAAAGAAAUAUUAGGCGAUAUGAUGUUCAUACCUUCUCCUGAGCAUCGACCACCCAUCGCCUUUCUAUCACCUGAGGAGCUUAAGAAUCGUAUUAUCAUAUCUGAUAAACCCCCGGGUGAAUCAGUUGCUUGUCAGAUUAAAGAGGAACCCGAAACUUUAGACAAUUUGGGUAGUAAAUCCAUUCCGAGGACAGAUGAUUCAGAUUCAGAGGAAGAUGUGCAAGCAAAGUGGGAGAGAAAGAUGCAAAGACGUCAAAGUAAAAUUGCUAAGAAUGUGGCAUUGAAAGUGGCCUCAAUGCGAUGUAAAGACGAUGAAAAUCCAAGCAUUGCCAAAAUCCACGAGUUCGAGGAGCUAUUAUAUAUCUACUGUCAGAAGCCUAAAGAGAUGGAGGCACGGCAAGUGAAAGGCGGCCCACUUGUUGCUGGUGAUCGUGCAAUUAUGGCCAACUUGGCUGAACCUCAACUCUAUCGUCUCAUUAAAGAACAUCCAUCUUCUUUGACAGAGUUCUCAAAAACCAAUCUGGGUAGAGUGUAUCCAUUUGGACUUAGGAUUGACUCAUCAAAUGCAAAUCCUACUGAUGCAUGGAGUCAUGGGCUUCAAGUUGCAGCUAUCAACAUGCAGGGACAUGACAGGCCUGUAUGGAUAUCACAAGCAUUUUUUAAGAGGAAUGGUGGUUGUGGCUAUGUCAAGAAGCCUGAUUUUCUGCUACCUGGAUCAACAGUAGACUUCAAAAGUCUGCAGCCAAAGCUUGAAUUGACUGUGAAAGUCCUCUUGGGAACAGACUGGCAUAGACACUAUGACAUCUUCAAGAAACCAGACUAUUUUGUGAAGGUUGCAAUCCAUGGUUUUCAUGAUGAUGAAGUGAAGAAACGGACAGAGGUGAAAAAAAGGUGUAGUGAACCUCAUUGGAGUGAGGUGUUUGUAUUUCCACUUAGAGUUCCAGAGCUUGCAAUACUCAGAUUGGAAGUUGGGGAGCAUGACAAAUUUAUGCGAGAUGAUAUGGUUGGCCAAUCUUGCUUACCUGUAACUGAGCUCAGGCAAGGAAUUCGUGCUGUGAAGUUAGAGUCCAAAAAGGGACAGCCCCGAAAUUCUAAGCUUCUAUGUGAUUUUAGUUUAUGCACACUCCCACGAGCAGAUUUAUUGAUUUAGUUGUUUUGCUUGAACUGAGCACAAAUUAGUGUAGAGAGUUGCAAAAUUCUUGGGAACCAUACUUACUUUUAGGCUUUGUACUUCAUAGAUGUAAAUAUAUGAUUCUUAUUGGCUUUUAGAAGGGUACCAUCUAAUUUUUGGCUUUUGAUUUUAUUAGGAAAUUAAGGCAAGAAAGCCUACAAAUGUAGAUGAGAUGUUUCUCUAGAAUGCAAUGACAUAUAAGGUGACAUGGUGUUGCCAACCUUGUCAAAUUAUGUUAUUGUAAUGUGAUAUGAACCAUGUUUUCAAUAAAAUUGCUUACAAUAUUAUUGCACA